CCUGAAGCAGUUCAGUUGUGCGAUUUCUACGAGUGCACAUCAGAAGCAGCUUGAAAUGUUUCCGAAAAUUUUGCUUCUCUUUACCUGCGCCGUGUCUUGGUGCGAGGCCUGUGAUGUGGAUGACCGUGAAGUGGUCUACUACGCAACCGAGCUUGGACGAGCCACUCAACGCAGUGUGCGGGAUUGCGUUCCGAUGUUAAAAGAGAUACAACCGAACCCGCCGAACGAGGUAGUUAUAAAGUUUCUCAAGAGCAUUUGUAACGAGAGCCAAGCAUGCGCAAAGGAAUUGAAAACUAUAGAGCUUCAGCUUCUCAUACCAUGCACGCGGAAGAAACUUUGGGCCAUAUGGGGAGAUCUCCCACUUUAUGACUACAACACAAAAAAGAUUGUGGAGAAGAUGGUGGACUGCGCUAUUUCUACCGUUCCCAACACUAAGGUAGCAUGGCUCCUCGUGAAGGUGGCGCUGCGUGUGGCGGGUUAGACGUCGCACCUGGCCGAGGAAUGUAAUGGGGGUGGCGCAAUAUAGUUUCGAUCAUUUUGUGUCAACCAACCUUCCAAAAAAUAAAGAUUCUGGAAACAUGUAGAAUGUGAAGGCGUACAGCAUACGUCGAAAACCGUUGUUUUCCUUGUAUUUCUUUUUGGCGGUGCAAUAAAAUAACGACGUGACA